AUGAAACGAAUGGAACGAAUCAAUAUGGUAUUGAUGUUGUUGUCGUUAUCAUUACCUAUCACUAUUAAUGCUUUAUCCGUACCACGCCAUCCACAGCAUGUGAGACAGGUGACAAUACAGGUCAAUGGCUAUAAACCAGUGAUUGAUGAUGACUACAUAGCAGUAUCUAUGCCUAUAGAACCCGGAUAUAUUGUUCGCUUUGAACCAUUCGCAGAUGCUGACCGUGUUCAUCAUAUACUGCUGUAUGGUUGUUCUUAUCCGGCUUGGCCAAAGCCAUUUUGGAAAGGAUUUAGCACAUGCCGAGGCUUCGAGUCACAUAUUUUAUAUGCAUGGGCAAGGAAUGCACCUGAUCUUAAAUUGCCGCAAGAUGUUGCGUUCAGUGUUGGACACAAUUUCGAUUCUAUAAAAUAUUUGAUAAUGCAAGUACAUUAUGCGCAUCCAUUUGUGGGCAAAAUAGAAGACUAUUCUGGUAUUACCCUGCAUAUGAUUAAUGAAAGACCUCGCCAUAUGGCUGCUGUAUUACUCUUCGAAUCUGGAACUUCAAUUCAACCGGGAUUUUCUCAUUUUCAGACGAAUGCAAGCUGUAUAUACAGUGGUGAUACUCCAAUUCAUCCAUUUGCAUUCCGUACACAUACGCACAGCAUGGGACGAAUUGUUUCAGCAUUUUACAAGCAUUCUGAUAAAUGGACAAUGAUUGGUAAGCGUAAUCCUCAGUGGCCCCAGCUGUUUCAACCGAUUGAACCAAACUUGACUAUUUCAAACAGUGAUUUAAUGGCUGCCGUUUGUGUUUACGAUUCAUCAAUGAAGAAAUCUGUUGUAAAGAUUGGAGGAACGGGUCAGGAUGAAAUGUGUAAUUUUUACAUGAUGUUUUAUUGGGAUGCUACAUCACCGAAUCCAUUUCCUGAGGGAGCAUUUUGUGUUGCACAAGAGGAACGGGACCUUGUGAGUGAAGAAUAUCCAACUGAAGGCACAAUCCCUCUUCAACCGCAUCCAGACUGGGAGCAACAAGCGCAUCAGGGCAAAUUGUUUGGAAUCAUUGAAGGGAUAGCAGCAACAUCUGUUGAUGGAAUCAAGCUUGGACAAGUUUCUGCGCUUAGUUUCGAUUCAUUUGGGAAUUUGGUUAUAUUUCAUCGUGGUAGCCGCUCUUGGGACUCGAUGUCAUUUGAUAUGGGAAACAACUUGCGAGACAAAAGACCUAUUAUGGAAGAUGUGAUUUUAAUUACAUAUUCAGAUAAGCCAAAUGGGACACUGUCAUUACGUAACAAAUAUGGUAGUGAAAAAUUUUACAUGCCACAUGGCUUAACAAUUGACCAGCAAAAUGAUUAUUAUACAACCGACGUUGGCUCUCACCAGGUUAUCAAAUGGUCGCUUUCACAUGGCUCAUUAACACAAGCUUUUGCACUGGGUGAAAAGUUUGUCCCAGGUAGCGACCAGAAACAUUUUUGUAAACCAGCUGGUAUUGCGGUCACUAUGGAUGGAAGUAUCUUUGUCGCGGACGGCUAUUGUAAUAAUCGAAUCAUGAAAUUCGAUCGAAGUGGACAAUUUGUAACUCAGUGGGGACAAUCGAAUUAUAAUAUGAAUGGCAUGGGAAGCGUACAUCUUUUGUUACCACAUGACAUUGUUGCAAAUAAUGAUGGUUCCUUGUUGUAUGUUACUGAUCGUGAAAAUGCUCGAAUACAAAUAUUUCGGAAUGAUGGACAUAUAAUGGGCCAAAUUGUUAAUCCACAAAACAUUACUGCAUUUGAGAAUAUUUAUUCAGCCGAUAUUCAUAGUAUGAUUUUCUUCUUAUUCUCUGUAAAUAAUAUACUGUACUUCAUCCCUGGUAAACAGCGAAAUGGUUUACCUUUACGCAUGUUCAGUGCACAUGCGAAAGCUGCUCGAGUACAAUAUUCAUUUGAACCAACAAAUUAUCCAUUCAAUAGACCGCAUGCAAUUCGAGUUUCUAAGGAUGGACGAUAUAUCUUUGUUGGAGAAUUGGGUCAAGAUGGUGGUCGAGUUUUACAGUUUAUAAUAAAUCCUGACUGGGAUCAAGUUGGGAAUGAAAUAGGUUCUUCGUUAUUACUGUCGAAUUUUGCAGUAAAUCGAACUUCACAGUUCUCAAUUCCUACCACACUUCUGAUUGCAAUUGUCGCUCUACCAGCGUUGAUCUUGCUUGCAUAUAAACAAAAGCGAUUUAUACGAAUUGGAAAACAGUAUUCAGUUUUAGAUCGCGCAGGCUUCAAACCUUUACGAACAGAUGAUUCGGAAAUAUCGGAUGACGAUUCAGAGGAUGAUGUCAUUUGUUCCCGACAAAAAAACAAUAAUAGGUUUUAA